AUGGUCAACUACUUGAGCAACCACCACUGCUCCUACCGCGGCUGCAAUCGCGGUAACCUCCAGUCCCGUCACGGCGGCGUCUGCGCAGACCAUCAGGUGACGUGCACCCGGUCCGGCCACCUCGAGGUCCACAUGAAGGGCACAGACUGCCAGAAGUGUGCGGACCAAACACGCCGCGACGAGAAGAAGGCCAAGAAGGAGGCGGAGAAGCGCAAGGCGGAGGAGCAGAAGGAGAAGGAGGCGAAGGCUGCGAAGGAUAAGGCGAGGUCUGAGCGCAAGCCUAAGCACAACAAGCAUAACAAGAAGGAUGAGGAUCGCGAGGGCGCGCCACGCUUGGAGCGUCGUUAG